AUGAAAGCGUUCAGAAGUUUGCCCCCAGAAGACCCGUUCGGGCCCAAUAAAUUUUUUCAAACAGCUAUUUCAAAGAAGGCCUACUACGAAAUAGCGGCUGCCAUGGAGAUCAUAGGCAAAAACGAGCAGCAUUUCAAAAAAAUUGACCUGAAUAUUGCCAGCUUCGCUUGUAAAGAACAUAUAUCUCAGCCCGCUUGUCACGUGGCAAGAGUAUAUCCACAUUAUCUGCUGUUGAAGAAGAUGAAGGAAAAAAGGCUUGAUCCGGGACAUACUGGGGAUACAAGGGAUCUAACUCUUUAUCAGAAUGUUGACCAUGCUAAAAUAAUUGAACUAAAGAAAGAAACUAUUAAACAUAACGAGCUGCUGUCCGCCGUUAACCAGCUUAAUAAAAACCUGGAAACACAAGUCCGAGGAAUUGCUUCUUAUUUUAAAGGAGUUGCUAGCUUCGAUCAAGAUAUAGCAGACGCGGAUGUGAUAUUCAUAAAAGGCAAACUUAAAGAUUUUGAUGGGGAGUAUGAAAGAGUUAAGAGAAAGGUGAACAGUGAUAUGAGGGACAUCAAGAAUCUCACCCUGGGCCUUGUGAUUACUGAGCUGGUGGAGAAUACAGUAGCUCUCGUAGCAAAAAUGGCAGAAGAGUCAAACCCCAUAGCCGCGAUAUUCACUGGUGUAGACUCCAAGGGUAUACGUGACGCAGCAAAAGAUGUUGCCAAAGCAGCAGCAAACGUGAGGACAGCGGAAGCACUUGCUUCAGCCACGGAAGGACUCGUGAAUGAUACCGAAGAGAUUGGAACUUGCUUGCAUAACAAUCAAAAUCAAAUAAAGUCUAUGAAAUCCCUCGUGGAUAAAAUAAAGAAAAACCAGGCAGAUGACAUUGGUGACGACGCAGAGACAUUUAUUACAGAAUACUCUAAUUAUACACCAAAAGUGGCUGGACAUCGCAUGGCCCAGAACAUUGCUAAGUGGGGGGCUUUCAAAGAUUCCUUUUGUGAUCUGAUAAAUGGGGCUGAAGGGGUUGUGGCGUCUGGUGCAAAAGCUGCAAUAGCUAAUGGUAUCUUAUAUUGUGAAAAUUUGGAAGCAUCAAUCGCCGAGUUUGGUGCUCUCAGAGAAAACAUUUUUGACUUUCAAUUUGAAAUGGUGGACAGUCUUGCUAGGGUUAUGAGAGGCAACGUAGCCAAAAAGUUAGCUGACUCCAUUCAAGGGCAAGAAGACGACAUUUUUAAGGCUGAUCAGCUGUUGGGCGGAUUUCUGAUGUCACAACAAUUUAUGCAGUCCCAUGCUUGGCUGUAUUGCGACAAACUUGAGUAUAAAAAUGAGGGACAAAGGGUUCAGGCAUGCUCACCAAGAACUGGUCUUUUCACAAACCAUGACCUGGACAAUCUUGUGGCUUUCAAAACUGAGCAUCAAACCCAAAUGACGGUCGUGCGCACAGUUCACAUCCCAACAAAACCUCAGUACGAAGGAGAUUUGGGUUUUAUCAACAUCCAACGGUUUGCAAGUGAAAAGAAGGCGUCCUUUAGACUACCACGAAACGUAACCUGGUUGUACAAAUUCGACUGGAGCUUGAUUGGUGAAUCACAAGCCCCAUACGUCGAGAACUUUCAACUGUUUUUACCAAACAGAGAGUACAACAGUGGCUCAGGGAAGAAAAAGAGGUCAACUCGCAUAGUAGUUACCGCUGAUACGCAGGCAGGCAGCUACUUCACUACAAAUGUGAAUUCAUCUGUGUUAUACAAGUUACCAGAGAUGCAGACGUCAUACGUAACAGUCUACCAAGAAGGCUAUCGAAGUUCAACAUGCCCACAGGAAAUUCCCAACCCAUACAGCCUCUGCAACAACCUCCCUAACAUAUAUAUGUCUCACCUCCACCAACGAAGCAGGUGA